UGGAGAGAGUGAGUGAGAGCCGGAUCUAUCCGUCGCCAUUACCGACUGGAAUGAGAGGGGAGGGGAUGGCUCUCCGAUUACACGCAUACCACUCUUACUGCUAGAAAACACUGAAAACAACCACUUUAGGAAAUUUCGCUGAUUAUUCCAAGCGCUCACGGGGAACGCGACAAAACUGGAAUUUGUUUCGAUAUCGCUUCCGUGGAAAUUAAAGGAAAUAGUUGGAAUGCCUCCUCCUAUCUGUGGUGUCGGGAGCUGGGAGCGACCAUGUUAGGAAGGUGAUAGGAGAGAAUAGAGCAGUCGUCUGGGACAGAUGAUCGAGAUUAAUGCUACAUCGGCUCAUGCAAAGUGAGAAAUGGAAAUGCGCCUGCACUAGCAAAUGGAAGUACGUGCUUGCCUGGCCGGCAUACUUCGCUUAGCGUAACAAGCAAUGAGAGGGGCAAUAUAAUGGCCAAGAACAAGGAGCCCCGUCCGACAUACGCUAUCAGUGUCGUCGGACUCUCAGGCACUGAGAAAGAGAAGGGCAACUGCGGCGUAGGUAAAUCCUGCCUAUGCAACAGAUAUGUGCGCCCCAGUGCAGACUGCUACUACUCGGAGCACACUUCUGUGUUGAGCACAAUUGACUUUGGAGGGCGUGUGGUGAAUAACGACCACUUCUUAUACUGGGGUGAAGUGUUACAUCGAGGGGACGAUGGGCUUGAGUGUCGAAUCCAGGUCAUUGAGCAGACUGAGUUCAUCGAUGACCAAACUUUCUUGCCUCAUCGGAGCACAAACUUGCAGCCUUACACGAAACGGGCUGCAAAUACGAAGCUACAGUCUGCGGAGAAGCUGAUGUACAUUUGCACAGACCAGCUUGGGUUGGAACAGGAUUUUGAUCAGAAGCAGAUGCCUGACGGCAAGCUCAACAUCGAUGGCUUUGUGUUGUGUAUAGACGUAAGCAAAGGAUGCAAUAGAAAAUUCGACGACCAGAUGAAAUUUGUCCACAGCCUUCAUUCUCAAAUUUCCAAGGCGAAAAAGCCCAUCAUUAUCGCCGCGACAAAGUGUGACGAGUGUGUUGAGCAAUACCUGAGGGAGGUGCAGACGUUUGUCACAGGAAAAAAGAACCUCAUGCUGGUGGAAACAUCAGCUCGAGCGUCUGUGAACGUGGAGCUCUGUUUCAACGCUCUGAUACAGCAGAUGGACAAAACCCGAGGAAAACCCAAAAUCAUCUCUUAUUUGGAAGCGUACAAAUCCCAGAGACAAUUAGUAGCUUCAGUUUCAGACAAGUUUGAAAAGCUCAUCGUUCAAACUGUCCGAGAUUACCACACGAGCUGGAAAAUUGUGAGCAAUAAGUUGAAAAGCCACCCAGACUAUGAAGAGUACAUCAACUUGGAAGGCACCAAAAAGGCUAGAAACACCUUCUCGAAGCACAUAGAACAGCUGAGACAAGAGCAUAUCAAGAGGCGGCGUGAGGAUUACCUUACGAGCCUGCCAAAAAUUCUUAAUAAGUUGCUGAACAACCUGGAGGAAAUUGAGACGCUGAGUUGGAGUGAGGCUCAGAGCCUUAUGAAGAGCAGGCCUGAGUUUCAAUUCUAUUUCAUUGAGUUAGAACAAACGCCGUGGUAUGAGACGGACCACCUUGAUAAAACCGACGACAGAAGAGUGCCCUUCGACAUCCUCAAAACCAUGGAAGGAGACAGGAUUUAUCAGAACCACGUACAGCAUUUGAUAUCUGAGAAGAGGCGUUUGGAGAUGAAGGAGAAAUUCAAGAAGACGCUGGAGCGAGUGCAUUUCAUUAGCCCCGGCCAGCCGUGGGAAGAGGUCAUGUGCUUUGUCAUGGAAGACGAGGCAUACAAGUACAUCACCGAAUCAGAUCGCAGGGAUGUUUACAGUCGGCAUCAGCAGGAAAUAGUUGAAAGGGCCAAAGAGGAGUUUCAGGAAAUGCUUUUUGAGCAUGCAGAGCUGUUCUAUGACCUUGAUUUGAACGCGACCCCGAGCUGUGACAAAAUGAGUGAGAUUCAUGCCGUGCUUAACGAGGAACCUAGAUACAGAGCUCUCCAGAAGCUCGCCACUGACAGGGAGUCGCUUUUACUGAAGCACAUCGGCUUUGUCUAUCACCCCACGAAGGAGACGUGCCUCAGCGGCACGGCCUGCAUCGAUCUCAAAGUUGAGCAGGUCCUGGCCAACCGGCUGGUUCAGCUGGAUCACGGCCGCUCGAAUAUCUACUACAACAGUGCCAACAUUGAUAAGGUUAACUUGUGUCUUGUGGGCAGAGAGGGAUUGGCGCAGGAGCUCGCGAAUGAAAUCCGAGCUCAGUCCACUGAUGAUGAAUACACCCUUGAUGGGAAAAUCUAUGAAUUAGACCUUUUGCCUGUGGAUGUCAAUUCCAGCAUGCUUUUGAACCAUUCCUGGAUAUCGACUUUCAAGCCCCAUGGGUUCUUUUGUGUCUUCAGCUCUAUAGAGUCGCUUAAUUACAUCGGUGACCGCGUAAGCCGGAUCCGAGCUGAGAUUGCCCAGAGCAGAAGGGAUCGGUAUAGCCAGCCAGUGCCAUUCAUUCUCAUUCUAGCAAAUCAGCGCGACAGCGUUUGCAAAAACAUGCCUAUUUUGAGGCAUCAAGGCCAACAGCUUGCAAAUAAGCUACAGUGUACUUUUGUAGAUAUACCCGCCUCCGGCACUUUCCCCAGAAAGUUUAAUGAGUCGCAGAUAAAACAGGCCCUCAGAGCGGUGUUGGAGGGAUUGAAGCACAAUUUCGACACAAUGAGCCCCAUGCCCUCCAUUAAGGAUCUGUCGGAGACAGAUUUGCGGAUAGUCAUGUGUGCCAUGUGUGGAGAUCCGUUCAGCGUGGAUCUCAUUCUCUCACCAUUCUUGGACUCACAUUCCUGCAGCGCCGGACAGCCCGGCCAGUGCAACACGCUGAUCCUUGACAAAAUCAUCGGCGACAGCCGCAGACGCAUACAGGUCACUGUGCUCUCCUACCACUCCUCCAUUGGAAUCCGAAAGGACGAAUUGGUGCAUGGGUACAUUCUUGUUUACUCAGCAAAACGAAAGUCUUCCAUGGCCAUGCUGAGGGCGUUCCUGGCCGAAGUCCAGGAUGUCAUUCCAGUUCAACUGGUGGCUAUUACGGACAGCCAGGCGGACUUCUUCGAGAAUGAGGCGAUUAAAGAGCUGAUGACCGAGGGCGAGCACAUUGCUACAGAAAUCACGGCUAAGUUUACCGCUCUCUACUCCUUGUCCCAGUAUCACAGACAAACGGAGGUUUUCACGCCAUUUUUCAAUGAGGUCCUCGAGAAGAAGAGCAACAUUGAAAGCUCCUUCAUGUUUGACAACAGCAGAGAUGGAACAGGCACCGGUGAAGACGUCUUCCCUCAGUCACCUCACAGCCAUUCGCCCGCCUACCAAUACUACCCUGACUCCGAGGACGACGGAGAGGGACCGCCACCUUACAGCCCGAUAGGCGACGACGUGCAGCUGCUGCCCAAUCCUAGUGAACGGAAGUACAGAAUCGACCUGGAAGGAAACGAGUACCCAAUUCACAGCACACCCCUUGGUGAUCACGAGCGUAACCACAAAGUGCCUCCCCCGGUCAAACCCAAGCCCAACGUGCUGCCCAAACCCAAUGUUAAAAAGCUGGACCCCAAUCUUCUGAGGACCAUUGAAGCUGGAAUGAGGACCUCCAGGUGGACUCGAGGUCCAAUGAUGGGUCACGGCGAUGACCUUGAAGCGUCUGAUAACUAUGCAGAGCCGGCUGACACUCUUCUCAAAUCGAAAGGCUUUAGUGAUGACAUCUAUGCCGUACCGGAAGACGCACACAGCAGGUCUGGCAAGAUCCGCAAUUCGUUCGGCGGGCUCGCUUUGCACGGGGAUGAGGAGAAUGGCUUUGACUCUAUGUCUAAGUCUCAGGGUGGCAGAAGGCCUUCUAAGUACAAACAUCGUUCCAAGAUCCUCUUUAGCAAGACGAAAGCAUAUCAUAGACGAGUGCACUCGGAUGUCAGCGAUGAUGAGUCGGGGCCUGCGACGCAGAAGAAGAAGAAAGGAAGGGGCAACCGAGGAAGUGAAGAAGAUCCGCUUCUCUCACCAGUGGAUCCUUGGAAAGGAGGGAUAGACAAUCCAGCCAUCACGUCGGACCCGGAGCAGGAUGAUAAGAAAAUGAAGAAAAAGAAACCACCAAAGACCAAGGAACCCAAAAAGACAAAGUCAACAAAGACCACAAAGCCAUUGUACCCACCAACUCGAAGAAAUUGGGACAGCAACUAUUUUGGGGUGCCUCUUCAGAACUUGGUCACACCUGAUAGGCCCAUACCUUUGUUUAUUGAGAAGUGUGUUGACUACAUUGAGCGCACAGGUCUCACCACAGAGGGCCUUUAUCGAGUGAGUGGAAACAAGACGGAUCAAGACAACAUACAGAAACAAUUUGACCAGGACCACAGUGUUGACCUGAUAGUGAUGGAUGUAGCCGUAAACGCCGUGGCUGGGGCUUUGAAGGCCUUCUUUGCCGACCUCCCCGACCCCCUCAUACCGUAUUCUCUCCACCCAGAGCUAGUUGAAGCAGCCAAAAUUGUAGAUCAUUACGAGAGACUGCAGGUGCUGAAGGAAAUCGUGAGAAAAUUUCCUCCUGUGAACUAUGAAGUUUUCAAAUAUGUCAUCACUCACCUGAACAGGGUAAGUCAGCAUAGUAAGACCACGCUGAUGACGGCCGACAAUCUGUCCAUCUGUUUCUGGCCUACGCUCAUGAGGCCUGAUUUUGAGAACAAGGACACGCUGUCCACCACCAAACUCAACCAGUCCGUCAUCGAGUCCUUCAUCCAGCAGUGCCAGUAUUUCUUCUACUGUGGCGAAAUCACAGAGCCCUCCAGCGCCGAGGGAACACCUCCUCCACACGGCCACGGCUUAGAGUCCCUCCUGGCCCUCCAGCUCCCUCCUCCCCUGCAGCCACAGCAAAUCCAGCACCCGUUGCCCCCCGAACCCCUCAUAUAGACCACCUACUCACAUUCGGCUCGUACGUGUGCGUAUAAGCCUCUUAAAAUAAGAAGUGAAAAAAAAAGAACCUUUUUUGUACAAAGGAAGAUCUGACUUGCAUAAGACCUCCUGUGUCCCAUUUUUUUUUUCCCCCUCUUUUUUUAAUUUUCCCCUUUUCUGUUCCUCAGCCAGUCUGAAUGAGAGAACUGUAAAAGAAAAAUUGUAAAGAAAAUGUCAAUGUUAAUUUGACAUAGUAAAUGUGCACAUUGACUAAUUUCAAACGUGGCAACAUAAGGAAGAUAUAUUUAUAAUUUUUUUUUUUUUUUUUUUUUUGAAAGACAAUGAAGCUGUCAGUCACUCACUAAAACCAACACCACAUGCACGGCUUGCCAUAAUGGCAAAGUGUGCCCUUUUUUUCUGCUUGUGUUUGUCCCCUUUUAAUUUUCCAAUGGACUAAAGAUAUAUUUUUAGGAUAUUUUUAUCUUAAAGACAGCAGUUGUUGUUGGGGUGGUGGUAUCCCAAGGCGUCUGGGAUUGAACUAUGAGUUUAUAAAAUCAGGGGCACCUGCCUAGGAUGCACUUUGUCCUACAGACUUUCAACCGGGAGCCCCUCGUACUCUGGAAACCACAGAAAGGGAAACAGCCCACUGCAACCAUUUGGCACAUCUCAGAGAUCCAGGCUUCGGAAGACGCCCGGUUUCUCCGUCUCGUUUCAUGUUCGUUCGUUUCGUUUCCACAGACCACCUUCAAAAUUUCUAUGGUUCUGUUGAUUCUUUUCUUAAGCUGAAUUUGCAUGUUCUUUGCCACUUGUAAUAACUGAAAGAGAGAGAAAACGUAAAUGCUUAACUGUUUUUAUGCAAGACUUUUUGUUUUUUGUUUGUUUUUUAAUCUAACUUGUUUGAGGGAACAUUAAACUGGGGUAAAAUUGUUAUAUUUGUUUGUUCGUGUCAUGCCAUAGUUCGACUCAUCAUAUUUUGGCUUUAAUUGUUUCCCUACAAUAGGAAAAUAUAAAUAUAUCUAUAUAUAUAUCUAUAUAUAUCUAUAUAUAUAUCUAUAUAUAUCUAUAUAUAUAUAUAUAUAUAUAUAUAUAUAUAUAUAUAUAAAAUGCCAGCAUCGUUUGAUGGCUGGCGAAACAAAAAUCAUGGGGUACUGGAGCUCUGUAUAAUCUUGUAAAACCUAUAAUCAGAUUUCUUUGUGGUAUGAUGUAUUAAAAUUUGGGGUUAGAUCCAUUGACUGUACUUAAUUCCCUAUAUGAAUAAAACUUUUUUUUUUGUUUUGUUUAUUUUAUUUUUAUUUUUUUAUUAGAUGGUACUGAAUUUUGUUCCACUGUAACAGAUGCUGUUUAGAAAGCUUGCAGUCUUUGUGUGGAAUACAGCACAACUCAGAGGUGUUUAGUUGUGAUGCGGGAGCUUGUAUGUGAAUGGAUGGGAACAAAAAUGACAAGAUUUCUCUCAAUUGACUCACUAAAAUGGAGGAAAGGGCUCAAUAGGGUAAGUGUGCAGCUGCUAGGAUCCCAUUUAGUGUAGUUUAAAAAAAAGAGCAACAUUAUGUUCAUAUGACUGCCUCAUAUGAUGUACAAACUAAAUAUUUUAACAUCAUCUGCUAUGUAUUAUAGUAAAUAAAUGAUUUUGACAAAUGA